AUGAGGCUACUGAAACGAGGACAGCGACUACUACUGCUGAAGCUCACUGCUGCACUGGGAUCACUAUGGAUACUGUCUCUACUGGGUGCAAAGACAGGCUGGGCUCACACUUACAGUUUCAGGUACAACUGGUUAGACUAUACAGAUGCUGACAGCGGCCCAAAGAAAGUUUGCAACUGUUCAGCAAUCCUGCAAGGAGACAGGGAAGAACUGGAACAGGCAAAAUGAAUGACCAUCACCAAAGACUUCCGCAAGAGUGUCCAGAUCCCUGAUGAGUUUUAUGUCAACGCAACCCAAGACUGCAGGGAAUUCCAGUCAAGAAGGAAAUACUUAACAUUCCCAUUGAGCCAAAAAGAAGAGGACUUCCCCCUGGCUUACUCUAUGGUUGUGCAUCAUAAGGUGCAGAGUUUUGAGCGUCUGCUGCGAGCCAUCUACGCACCUCAAAAUAUUUAUUGUGUCCAUGUUGACAAUAAAUCUGAGGCCUCUGUCUUCUCUGCCAUCAAGGCCAUCACUGAUUGUUUCCCCAAUGUCUUCAUAGCCAGCCAGAUUGUGAAUGUGGUCUACUCUGGCUGGCCACGUGUCCAGGCUGAUCUCAACUGUAUGGCUGAUCUCUAUAAUGCCAGCACAAAAUGGAAAUACUUCAUCAACCUUUGUGGCCAGGAUUUUCCUCUGAAAACCAACUUGGAGAUUGUACAGAUGUUAGCCUCACUGAAGGGCGGCAACAGCUUGGAGUCAGAGAAAUUACCUGAGGGCAAGAAAUGGAGGGUGACAAAAUCGCACCAGAUAGUUGAUGGGAAAAUCCAGGCAACAGGAAAGGAAAAGGAGCUACCUCCUUUAAACCUGAAUAUUAUGUCUGGAAAUGCCUACAUUGUGGUUAACCGAGGCUACGUCCGCAGCGUGUUGGAGGACGAGCGGGUACGGACACUGAUUGAGUGGGCCAAAGACACUUUCAGUCCUGAUGAGUUUCUCUGGGCGACCAUACAACGAAUGCCUGGUGUUCCUGGCUCAACCUGGCCCAACCAAAAAUAUGACAUGACAGACAUGAACGCAAUUGCACGGCUCGUGAAAUGGCAGUUGCAUGAGGGGUCACAAAAUUCAUUGGAUGCGGUGUACCCAGAGUGUCAAGGCAACCAUGUUCGGGCAAUAUGCGUGUAUGGUGCCGGAGACCUGCAGUGGAUGAUUAAGCAGCAUCACCUCUUUGCCAAUAAGUUUGAUAUAGACACAGAUCCCAUUGCUGUCCACUGUUUGGAGAAGUAUCUGAGACAAAAGGCUCUGGCUGGGUUACCUUAG